AUGGAGAAUAAAAAAAAUAUUGAUAACAUAAAUAAUAUUCAAAUUUUUAUAGAUUUGAUUGAAAACAAUAAAAACAUAUUUACAUGUAUUCAAUGUAGCAACAUCAAUUCGUAUGAAACUUAUAAUAAUAUUUUACAAUUUAUAAAAGUAGAUUUAAAUAUAUAUACAUGUAUUGUUGAUAUUGUAAGCAUAUAUAAUUCUGAAAAUAUUCCAAAACUUUUAAAAGAAAUAUUCUUAGAUUUCAUAAAAUAUAUUAAAAGAAAUAAAAUUUAUAAAUCUGUUUUUUUUCUACCAUAUUUUGAUGAAUGGGUUAUUUCAAUAAAACAGAGAAAAAGUGUAAACUUAGCUGAAGAAUAUGAUGAGGAAAAAGUCAAAAGAAAAGAUAUUAAUAUGCAUAUUUAUAACACAUUUUGUUAUUUAAAAAAUAGUUUACUGAAAAAUUUAAAUAAAAAUUAUUGCGUUAAAUUUAUUGGUUUUCAUAAAACUAAUGAUAUAUUUGAUCUAUAUGAUGAUUUGUUUGAUUAUAAAAUUAAUAUUGAUUAUUUUAAUAAUACAUAUAUUCUUUAUUAUAUCAAUAUAAAUAAAAGAAUUAAUCUUUGUUAUAAGGAAAAUAACUUAUCUAUAAAUUUAAUAUAUAAAAUAUUAAGUGAUAGAUUAGAUUUUGUAAAUGGUGAUAUAAAUAUGUUCAAGUGUUUUUUUAAAUACUAUUUUAAAUUUCUUAAUUUUAAAAAAAACAAAGAAAAUAAGCAAAAAAAGAAAUUGGGAUUUGAAAGAAUAAAUGAAAAUAAAGUUGAAAAAUAUAUAUUUGUAAAAAAAAAUUUUAAAUUGUUAAAUUUUUUAAUCUCUUUAAAGGAUUUUAAGUAUCUCAAGAAAUACAAAUAUAUACUAAGUGAAAAAAAAAAAAAAAAAAUAUGCAUUUUUCUUUAUAGUUGUAGAGCUAAUAAUAUUUUAAAACAUAUAUGUACAAAUUAUUAUACGUCUAUUUUUAUAAAAGAUUAUAUAAACACUUUUCUUAAAAAACAUAUAAAAUUAUCUAAAAAUGUUAAUUAUUCAAAAAAUAAUAAUAAAAUUUAUAACAUAAAUAAAAACACAAAUAAUAUUGAUUAUUGUAGAAAAAGCAAUUUUAAUAAUGAUAAACACAAUAAUAGUACUAUUAAUGGAAACAAUAUGUAUCCAUGUAAUCUUAUAAGCAAUUGUGGUGUAAAUAUAAACCACAAAGAUAUAAAAUAUAUGAAAUUUAGUAAAUUAAAAGAAAUUAGAAAGCAGUUUAUACUAAAAAAUGAUUAUCAAAAUAACCAUUAUAAUAUCUAUAAUUCAGAUAAAAAAAAUUAUAUUCACUUUUAUUUCAGUAAAAUUAAUAUUCCUAAUACUUUAUUAAUAUAUGGAGAAAAUGGUGUAGGAAAAAGUACAUUAAUUAAAUUCCUUAUUCAUAUAAUUUCUUCAAAUUAUAAAAGCUUAUUUAUUGAUAAAAGAAAAAUUUGUAAAAGUAACAAUAUAAAAAAUGAAUAUAUAAGCGAAAAUAUUCAACCCAUUUUUACUAAGACCAUUCAUAAAAGUAAUUAUAUUAAUAACAAAAAAUAUUUUAAGUAUUAUUCUCAAUUAAAAAAAAUUCAUCUUAUAGCAAAAAAAAAAUUUUUUUAUAAAUUUAAAAAUGUGCGAAUAAUUCCAUUCGAAAAUCAUCUUUUAAUAAAUAAAACAAUUGGUGAAAAUAGCAGAUAUAUAAAAAAAGUUUUUUUAAUGGCUUUAAGAAAUCAACCGUCCAUAAUUAUUUUUGACAAUAUUGAUAUAUUUCUUGAAAAAAAUAAGAAUUAUAAAGGUUUCGAAGAUGAUCAAAAUGAAGAUGUUUACAAAAAUAUUUAUAUUUUAUUAAUACAUUACAUGAGUAUUUAUUUAAAUAAAUCUAAUAAAAUCAAAUUUAUUGCAGCAACCAAUAUAAAUCCAUAUUUUUUUAAAUUUUCCUUCUUGAAUAGGAUAAAAAAAAUAAUAUUUAUUUCAUAA